AUGACGGCUUAUGCGCAAUCCCCCCAGAGCACGGGCUUCAAUGUUCUCUCUGAUUCUCCAUGCUACCCUGAUGGUCCGGGAGCAGGCAGUCCUAUUACCAUAUCUGCAGGUAGUAGGGGCGUAAUCGCAUGUCAAGUAUCCAGUUCUGGCGUCCUUUGGGACUAUUUCAUUGACUGGGGUUGUUAUAUUAACGACAAUCCCGUCGAUACCUGCGGCACAAGCGGU